UGGAGAUCCACCCCCACGAGCGCCCAGCUCAUCAUUGUCGACCACUUGCAGUACCAUCCCCUCCUCCAACUGAUGAUGAUCUCGGUGGUCGAUCUCGGGAUCCCUCUAUUUAUACCCCGCCUCUCCCGCAUUCCUUCUUCACCAACUCCGGCGGCCAGUGCGCAGCGGCGAACUCGAUUGCACUUUCUGUCUUCCAUUCCAUCCCCAGCUAGCUUAGCUAUCUAGCUUGGUGAUUGGUGUAAGCAUGGCGCCUCAAAGCUUGGAUCUUGGGCUGAGUCUUGGCCUAGGCCUAGCGGCGCUGCAGCCCAGCUUCUGCUACUCCGGCAAUGCCGCCGUCGCGGCGGCCGCCGAGCGGGAGGCGAGCCCGGCCGCGGCGGAGGAGAGGGAGAGGCGGUGCUCACCCGCCGGCAGCCCGGUGUCGAGCGGCAGCGGAAGUGGAAAACGCGCGGCGGCGGAGAGGUCGGCCGGCGCCGGAAGCGGCGACGAGGACGACGAUGGCGCCGCGCGCAAGAAGCUGCGCCUGUCCAAGGACCAGGCCGCCGUGCUCGAGGAGUGCUUCAAGAUGCACCACACCCUCACUCCGAAGCAGAAGGUGGCGCUGGCGAGCAGCCUGGGCCUGCGGCCGCGGCAGGUGGAGGUGUGGUUCCAGAACCGCCGCGCCCGGACCAAGCUGAAGCAGACGGAGGUGGACUGCGAGUACCUCAAGCGCUGGUGCGAGCAGCUCGCCGAGGAGAACCGCCGCCUGGCCAAGGAGGUCGCCGAGCUCAGGGCGCUCAACGCCGCGGCCGCCGCGCCGGCGCCGGCGCCCCCGCUGACCACCCUCACGAUGUGCCUCUCCUGCAGGCGCGUCGCCUCGUCCUCAUCGAACCCGACCAACGUUCCCGCCGCGCACCCGCACGCCCACAUUGGCACUGCCAAUGCCGCCGUAGCUUCUCCGGCGGCGCCGGCGACGACGUUGCCCGGGCACCGGCAGUUCUUCUGCGGGUUCAGAGACGCUGGCGCGGCGGCGUACGGGACCUCAUCUGGACUCGCCGCAAAGGCUGUCAAGGCGGCCAGAUAGAUGGUGAAGUUACAACUGCAAAGCAAGUGUAGCUGAAAAGUUUAAAUCUUUGUGUAUCUUUCGAGGGAAAUGCAGGUGUAGUUUUUUAGCAAAGUUAGGAUCGGUUGUUGAGCUCCCUGAGGAUCGAUGUAAAUCCAUGUGAAAAGCUGUGGAGAUCAAUGACAGUAGACGUCGAAGCUAACCAACAACCGCUCUGUAUCAGAGUUGAUUAUCUACUACUAAUGGAGCGCCCCUUUUUUGUGUA